CCGGCCGCGGAGCCAGCCGCGUGUGUGUAUCAUGGAAGGUGAUUUUUUGUGCAACAUCUCCGCGCUCCAAUGACGCGCUUGUGCAUGUGUUGUGUAUAUGUAUACGUAUUAUAAAAUACACCUUCGACCGUCGUCGUCGUCGUGCAUAUCGUCAAGUGGCGCACUUACUAUACUUACCGGCUGCUGCUGCUGCCUGCGACUGCGAAUAUUUUUGUCGCGCUUUCGGGGGGACCCAUAUAGCUCGGCGACUCGGCGCUCGAAGCUUCAUUUUUCCCGCUGACGUGCUAGCGUCCAGUGAUCCUUACACUUAUAUACGACGACAACGAUAUCUACUUCCCAAAAAGUUAUAUUACCGGUCAUUGCAUCUCGGGGGAGAGAGAAAGUGAAAUUAAACGCACAGCUGUAUUUCUGUUCUUCGUCGCGAAGGCGAACUUCCGACUCGCGGAGAGAUAACAGACACACAUCCUCUUGUGCGAGACAGGAACCAAACCACGUGCGUCUCGCUACCGAGAGCCGUCAUAACAGACACAGUGUUUACCUGCUGCACUCGAGUCCGGGCUCAAAAGGAUCUUACUCGUGAAAAUUUCGUGAAAGUGCACACUAGCGUACGCCGUGUAAUAAAACGGCGGCCACGCGCCGCGCGCAGGACACUCGUGUGUAUACAUAUUUGGAGCUCGGCUGCUAUUUACGCUACUACUACUGCUACCACUACGAAGGAAGAGGGCAUUUUUCAAGCCAUUAUACGCGAGAGAUCAACAUCUGAAUGAAAGUUUAUCCCAGGCUCUGCCGCUGCGCUGCAAUUACAACUGGUCGCCCGCCGUUUCCUGGAUUGUAAUCGACGACAUCGGGGCAACAACAACAGCAACAAGUUGUUAGCAGUCAGUGCGGUGGUGUGAGUGCGUGUGUUAAAUCAUCGCGCAGUUAUGAGCGAAAAUUCAGAUUGACCCAUUAGAACCAAAGCAAACGAAAAAAGAAAGCAGAAGAAAUUCAACGUGCCUGAAGUGAAACGAUGUUGGGUGAAGUCACGUGACAAGUGCAUACGAUUCACGCGUCUCGUUUAGUACAAAAAAAAAAAAAUAUCGAAUAAUAGAAAAAAAGGGGCAUUACUCUGAUCUUCCUAUUAAGUAAGAAGUUUGAUAGUUAAUCUCUCUUUAUAAGGAAUCUCGUAGUUAUAGCAAUUACAAGAAGAACAUUACAGGCAAAGCGGGCUUUGCAUCCAUAUAAUAAAAGUAUCCCAUAACCGAUGAGCGUACCGCUGUUCUACGCACUGAAAACUCUUUGACGUUGAUUAGUGAACUGUCUCACGCACGGCGUUAAUUUUUUUUUGAAAGAAAACGACAAAAGGGUGGGAGGGUGCGGCUAAACCACCUUCCACGGUCGAUACUCGUACUCUUUUCAUUCGGAUUUUGGUCCAUUGAAAAAAACAAAACAAAAAACAAAACGAAGAUGAAGUUCCUAGCGGGUCUGUUCGGCGACAGCUCGCCCACGAGGAUCGGCAGGCAGUACAUGAAGGUGGGCAAGAACGCCCUGUUCGGCCCGAGGCCGAAGCCAGACGAGAGGAUACCGGUGGAGAAGAUACCCAAGCCCCUGAAUCUGCUCGUGUCGCAGCGUGGAAAAUUCAAACACAGUAGAAUAGCAGUCAUACUGUUCGGUCUUCUUGCCCUGACAAUAGGCAUCAUACUUAGUAGCAUACCAUGGGUCGAUUAUGUCAUUUUACGGCAAUUGAGGUUGUGGAACGGCUCGCUUAGCUUUCAAUAUUGGCAGAAGCCCGGCGUCGUGCGCCUGACCAAAGUUUACAUAUUCAACGUGACGAACGCCGAGAAUUUCCUGAACUUCCAGGAGAAGCCCAAGCUCCAGGAGGUCGGGCCCUUCAUUUACAAGGAAGACAUGGAGAAAGUCAACAUUGUCUUCCACGAUAAUGGAACAGUCACGUAUCAACACAAGAAGAUCCUACAGUUCAUGCCAGAAAUGUCGAAGGAUAGCGAUCUUCAAGUACUCGUACCAAAUAUUCCAUUACUCACACUAUCGACGCAGAGCAAAAGUCUGCCGCGUCUACUGACGAUGGGCCUGUCCAUGUUUCUCAGCGGCAUGGACAUGAAGCCCUUCGUGCCCGUCACGGCCCAAGAGCUCGUCUUCGGCUACGACGAUCCACUAGUCAGCAUCGCCUAUCGCUUCUUCCCCAAGACUCGACGCCCCAUGAGUCAGAUGGGCCUAUUACUUGGUAGAAACGGAACGCUGGAGGAAGUCUCGACGAUUUACACCGGACACACCGACAUGAAGGAGUUCGGCCUGAUAAAUCGACUCAACGGAUUGGAUCGUUUGCCGUACUGGCCCGACGCGCCGUGCAACUCGAUCAGAGCCUCGGAAGGAUCGUUCUUUCCUCCACGUGACAAAACGAACGAGGACAUCGUGAACGUCUGGGACAAGGACCUGUGCCGCGUGCUGCCGCUCAAGUAUCGCGGCCCGAGCUCCAAGACGGGCAUCAGGGCCGACCUGUACACGCCCGCGGACACGGUGUUCGAUCCGCCGAGCGAGGAGACGCCCGACAACGAGUGCUUCUGCCCGGAUGAUCCGGGCAGCUGUCCGCCCCGCGGACUCCAAAAUAUCAGCCCCUGCCAGUACAGUGCCCCCGUGUAUCUAUCCUUUCCCCAUUUCUACAAAGCGGAUCCAAAGCUCCUGGACGCGGUGGACGGCCUCAAACCGGAGCCGGAGCUGCACGAAACGUACUUCAAAAUCCAGCCGAAACUGGGAGUGCCGGUCGAGGGCAAGGUGCGCGUCCAGCUGAAUCUCAAGGUCGAGCACCAGCCGGACAUCAGCGCCGUGGCCAACUUCUCGGACAUCGUGUUCCCGAUCAUGUGGCUGGAGGAGGGCAUCGACGAGCUCACGCCGCCGAUCAGGCGCUGGGUGUACCUGGCGACGACGUUCGCCGACAUCGCCGUGCCCUGCAUCACCUACGGCCUCAUUCUAGUCGGCCUGGCCAGCAUCGUGUUCGUCGUCUACAAGGCCUACAGCAACGUCGUGCUGGCGCACGAGGCCAUCGAGCUCGGCAAGCGCACGAUACGCCGCGGCUCCUCGUUCAUCGUCAACGGCCAGCACAGGCUCAUGAUGACCCGCGACUCGUACGUGCUGCUGCAGACCGAGGACCCCGAGGACGAGGACAAGCGCCGGGCGCUCAAGGCCUUCAUGAAGGUCGAGCCGGCCUACAACUAUUGA